GCUAUAAGCACUCUAACUAGCUAGUUAGUUAGCUAGUUAAGUAGCUAUAAGCACUCUAGCUAGCUAGUUAAGUAGCUAUAAGCACUCUAGCUAGCUAGUUAAGUAGCUAUAAGCACUCUAGCUAACUAGUUAAGUAGCUAUAAGCACUCUAGUUGGCUAUUUAAGUAGCUAUAAGCACUCUAGCUAGCUAGUUAAGUAGCUAUAAGCACUCUAGUUGGCUAUUUAAGUAGCUAUAAGCACUCUAGUUGGCUAUUUAAGUAGCUAUAAGCACUCUAGCUAGCUAGUAUAGUAGCUAUAAGCACUCUAGUUGGCUAUUUAAGUAGCUAUAAGCACUAGUUAGCUAUUUAAGUAGCUAUAAGCACUCUAGCUAGCUAUUUAAGUAGCUAUAAGCACUCUAGUUAGCUAUUUAAGUAGCUAUAAGCAUGCUAGCUAGUUAGAUAAGUAGCUAUGAGCACGCUAGCUAGCUGCCAUGGGAGAAAGCAGUCCGCCGUCUCCGACGCUGCACUUGGAUCUCGACAACUUUGAUACGACGGAUGCCGAGGACAGCACGUAUGUUUUAACCAGUCCGCGGUCGUUGGAAUCAUGUGCAAGACUCGGCGUCAAACCAGUUCAACUUUUAAUAAAAUCUCUAAGCGAUUUCGUUGAUGACAACGUAAACCCAGAUAUCCCGUUUAAGGCACUGACAGUUCUGUACGAGGCGUACGAAAGGGAAGGCAGGGGGAUUUUGCAGCUGUGUCGUGAAGAGAGAGAGAAGAUUGUUUUAGAAACGAAAGAAAGACGACCGUCUCUUAAACUGUCUGCCCUCGAAACUGUCGUCGAGGUAGAAAGUCGGAACUCUCUCGAAGAUCCCAAAUCAAGAGAGGACUCCUGUGAUGGUUUGAGAACGCGAACUAAUCAAUCUGUGGACCACAGCCCCAGAAGGAAAUCUGUGAGCAAUGGCAGGUCCUCUUAUUCUGCUGCGAUCACCAGAAAACAAAACAGAAACAGCUUGAGACCAACUGACAAGAACAUGAUGGUGUCCAGCCUAAGUCUUGGUGACCUCCGACACUCCCCAGCCACAGAAAGACAGUUGGAGAGGCUCACUCGAGAUGUCAGGAAGAAGAUGAAUGUCACAGUCCCAGAGAAAGACCGUAAGAUAGCAGCUCUGAUGUUGGUGAAGCACCAAGAGAAGCAGACCAGGCUGAUGCUGAGCCAGCAGGAGGAGCAGGAGAGAGAGGAGGCCCGGAGGCAGGAGGAAGUGCGACGGGUCCAGGCGGAGCGCAGGAGGAAGAAGGAGCUGGAGAAGAGCAUACAGCGGUGGCAGGAUGGGCUGGAGGCGCGGAGGAGGCAGAAGGAGCGCCAGGAGAAGGAGUUGGCCGGUCAGCGCGAGCAGGAGGUGCUACUGCAGGAGGAUCGCUGGAGGAGGCUCACAGAGGAGCAGGAGGUGCGGAAAAGAGACAAGAAAGAGAUGGCGAGGAGAGAAGCGGAGGAGCGCAAAUGCCUCCAGGAGCAGCUGCUCAAAGACAUGGAGCGUCUGGAGCAGGCAGGGAGAGAGAAGGAGGUGCAGCUGUCGCAGGAGAAGGAGCAAAGGGCCAGGAGGAGCAGGGUGAUCCGAGAGAGGAGGGAGAGGAAGAGGCUCCAACAAGAGAACCAGAGGGAACAUCUCAGAUGCCUCCUCCUGAAGAGGGAGGUGCAGCAGCAGAUGGAGGAGGAGGAGGCGCUGAUGAGGAGUGCCGUGGAGGAGAAACUGCAGCGCUCCUGGGAGAAGAGGGCCCAGGCAGUGGCGUUGCGGCUCAGGGAGCUGCAGGAGAGAUCGGCCAGGGAGGAGGAGCAGAUCCAGAGGGCCCAGCUCCGAGCCUCCUGGCACAGCCAACAGCAGCUCAGAGAGAAAGAGGUACUGGCCCAGCUGAGUCAGCGCCGUAUGGAGCAGGCAAGCCAGAACGCUCACACCCAGAGGAGGAGCAGGGCACAGCGGGCACAGCAGGAAAACAUGGAGAGACUCCUCUGCCACCAGCGCCACCUAGACAGUGUACAGAGAGAGGAGGAGACUGAGAGGCAGCUGAGAGAAUGCUGCCUCUCCCUGAAGGAGCGUCGGAGGGAGCGUCUGCAGAGGCAGAGAGAGGAGGUGCAGGAGGAGGCUCGUAGAGUGGCUCGCGCCUCCUUCCACAUGAGGGAGAAGGUGAGGGAGGCGACGGACGGCAGGACUUUCCACCAGAUGGCUCUGCAGGCUCAGCUAGCUGCCUCCCUGCUGGACCGUGGAAAAAUAUGAACAUUCAGCACGACACACAAAUACUAAAAGAGACGUAUUACAAACCACUACACACAAAUACUAAGAGUAGUAUUACAAACCACUACACACAAAUACUAAGAGUAGUAUUACAAACCACUACACACAAAUACUAAGAGUAGUUUUACAAACCACUACACACAAAUACUAAAAGAGUAGUAUUACAAACCACUACACACAAAUACUAAGAGUAGUAUUACAAACCACUACACACAAAUACUAAGAGACGUAUUACAAACCACUACACACAAAUACUAAGAGUAGUAUUACAAACCACUACA